AUGGACAAAUCCAUCUGGACGUUAUUACUGCUAUUAUCCCUGCUAUCCAUUCAGACUGUGCCUGUGUACGGCGAGGGGUUAUUGUUGGCACCCAUUGAACUUGCUCCUAUUCCCUGUAAUGACAAAGCCGUGGAGAAGCUCUCUCGUCUGGCUGUCACCUACAUCAAUGAGGAUCGGGCCGAUGGCUAUAAGUUUGCCCUUAACCGCAUUGCAAAUGUCCACCUGCAUGCUCAGGGCCCAGCAGGCAACGUGUAUUACCUGGAUCUAGAUGUGCUGGAGACCAAGUGUCCAAUAGGCAGCCCCAAACCAUGGAAACGCUGUGACAUCAGACCAUUCAUGGAAACACAAAUCUCUGGCAACUGCAACACCACAAUUCUCCACACAACAGAGGGUUACACCUACCUGUACAGCUACGACUGCACUCUAGUCCCAGAUCCCCCAGAAAAGCUGCAGCAGACCUGUCCGACCUGUCCGCUGCUGCUGCCCGCAGACAGCCAAGUGGCCGUGAAUGCUGCUCGAAUCACACUGGACUCCUACAGGAGACAGUCCACGCUGGGGGCAGGACUGGGAGUGAAGAAGAUCACCAGAGCCUCAGCACAGGUUGUGCCAGUGAAGGCCAGCUUUGUGGAGUACACAGUCCAAGAGUGUCCCGAGGGACUGACAGAAAGAGGCACCUGCCAACGGCUGACACUUGAAUCUGACACAGAGACUGCAGGUUUCUGUGCAGGAUCUGUGCAUGGAGACAUGGACUACCAUCCUGAUGUUCAGGUGUCCUGUGAGAUGUUCAAGCUACAGAAUGUCGACAUCCUCAGACCAGUACAGCCUCAGGGUCACGACCUGAUAGACCCUGUAAUCCCAACCUUCCCACCUGUGAUCCCUGACCCAGGAAAUGAUCCCGCACAGCCCCCUGCUGUUCAACCUGAGGUCCCACCACCUGCUGUCCCCACAGCCUUUGAUCCUGCCCCAUUUGACCCCUCUGUCUUCGUUAAUCCCUCUCAUCCUCUCACCUCAUCCUCCAGUGAGUCUGAGGAGGGCAUGGGCGUACUUAACCAGCAACAGCCACCACCACCUGGGUUUGAUUCGUCCUCUGAGGAGAUAGCUGGCCUUGUGGCGCUACGUCCACCCUUUAACUUCCGCUACCAGAAGCCAGACCGCAAGAAACGGCAGGCAUUGCAGGAGGCCACACCUGUGCACCAACCCAUCUUCCUCUCUGAUUUCCCCAGCGGCUCCUCCCCUUUCCGCUCGUGUCCCGGCCCAGCCCGGUACACCACUGUUUAA